AGUUAAAAAGAACAGGCUAACUGUUAAGUAUACAAAUAGUUACGAGUGAUUCAAGAAUCUAGCCUCUUAAAUAGUUCAACAAUUCAGUUAUAAGGAACAAACUUGUGUAGCCAAUAUUGAGAAAAAAAGAGAGAGAGAAUUUAGAGAGAGUUAUCUUACAAGCCGGUCGAGAAAUGAUUUCUCCUGCUAUAUUGGGGAGAAUUUCGACGUUUGUCGCAGGCAAAUUUUAUAAAUCGUGUUUUCGGACAAUUAGUAAAAGUUCCACCGUGAGUUCCACAGAGAGCAACGUAAUGUUUGAAGAUGAUAUGCCCAUAAAAUUGAAAAAUCCUUAUGUUAGAGAGAAACGUCAAUGUAUUUUAUGCAGAUUCAAUGUUGAGCCAGAUUACAAGAAUGUGCGAUUGCUUUCUCAGUUUCAAAGUCGCUACACAGGCAAGACAUAUGAAAAACAUAUCACUGGAUUAUGCGAGUACAAGCAGAAACGAGUAGAGGAAGAGAUAAUUAAGGCUCAAAAUGCAGGCUUGAUGGGCUAUGUGACCAAAGAACCGGAAUAUGUCAAAGAUCCGCCAUUGUUUGAUCCAAAUCAUCCGUUUAAACCAAAUAAAUUUUAGAUUUAUAAUGGGAGUUGUAUGUACAUGUAUGUAUGUAUAUACA